UUGAUCCAAAAUUACAUUUCUUCGGUAUCUAGAGACACUAUUGUAGUGUCUGUAUCUGUACAAAUACGAGUAUAUACUGUAUGAUAUGUAUAUACACACAUUCUUCUUGUAUGUAGUCGUGCGACAUUUUAUUUUAACAUGUAAGCCUUUGUAUUGAAAAUAUUCUGAAAAUUAGAAUAUUAAUUAAGAAGAAUAAGAUGAAACUCCGAAUAUAUAAACAUCUGGAUAAAGUCUUUAUAGAGAUAUUUAUAUUGUGUUCAUACUUUUAAUGUGAUGGACCUAACCUCUUCCUGAGGUUAUCAUUUUACCGACUUCCUGGCUGUAAUCGUAUUAAUUUUUAUUUACACGCAAUGAAUGUUGCAAGAGGAAUCGGAUUUAUCUUUGGUAGAGUAAAUAAUAUAAAGGAAUAUUUAUUCUCACCCAAGAACUUGUUAUAUACAAAUGUAGGGAUAUCGAUUACUCUCUCUGGCACGGGAGAUAUUUUAGAGCAACAUUAUGAAAUACUAAAGGGUGAAUGGGACAGAUGGAGUUUUAUCAGAACGAGGAACAUGGCUAUAUCUGGCUUGUCUAUCGGGAUAGUCUGCCAUUACUGGUACAAUUUUUUAGAUGCUAAAAUGGCUGGACGCACCAUUGGUAUAGUUCUUAAAAAAGUGAUUGUAGAUCAAUUAAUUUGUUCGCCCCUUUGUAUAAGUAUGUUUUUCCUGACACUAGCCCUGCUGGAGAACAGCAGUUUGGCAGAGUUUAAGGACGAAGUUCGAAGAAAAGCACAUAGAUUAUAUAUAGCCGAAUGGGUCAUAUGGCCUCCAGCACAAGUUGUUAAUUUUUAUUUCCUUCCCACGCGAUACAGAGUGCUUUAUGAUAAUACGAUAUCUCUUGGUUAUGACAUAUACACUAGUCACGUGAAACACGAUACACGAGGAGUUAGCAGUUAACGUCGGUUCGGUUACUAGGAUAAACUGCAAAAUUUCUAAUAUAUUUUCAGUAACUAACAUAUUUUAAGUACGUAAAUAAAAUAGAACGUUUUUGUUAAUUUAUAGAAAACUUCCUUUGCAUUGAGUUUUCUUUAUAUAGAUUCUUUACAAUAAUUAUUUUCCGCAGAUACUAUCUAAAUUUAUUUACUGAAACUUAUUUAUCAAAAUGUAUUUAUUUAGAUAAAUUCGGUUCUACAUGUAUCUAAUAUAAAAUUGAACCUCAUAAAAUUGUAAAUAAAUUAUAAUUCAUAAAUAAGGUAAACUAAAAUAAUAUAAAAUAAUAAAGAAAAUUAUAUUGUUUUGUAUUAGGAAUUUCUGAAAUACACUAUGAUGAUAUGC